AUGAGGCUGGUGAACGUCCUCCGCGAGAAACUCCUCAAGGAGUCUCGCUCCAAGCUCCUCCACCCUGUCCCCAUGGACCCUCACGUCCCUGCCGAAACAAACGGGGACUCGUUCCUGGACCGGAAGCUGUCCUUUGACGAAAUGGGCGACCAGCCCGUCGAGCCCACCCAAUUCAGCUUCUCCACCACCCUUCUCGACUCCGAAAUCCGAGUGCCGAGCCUCGACGACUUGAUCUCCUUCUACAAGCCCUUCGAUACCCUGCUGGAGGCGAGGGAGGACUCGGGAACAUGGUGGUUGCAUGUGACCUCGCCGUCGGACGCAGAUAUCGAGAAGCUCUGCGACAUGUUCGACAUCCAUCCGUUGACUACGGAGGAUAUCAAGAUGCGCGAGGCCCGCGAGAAGAUCGAGCUUUUUGGGCCGUACUAUUUUCUGUCCAUGCGGCCGCCGCGUCAGGUCGUUGCGCCCAACGCGGUUCGGGCCUUGUCGCUUAACGUUUACGCCAUUGUGUUCGCGCAGGGCGUGUUGAGUUUUACUUUUGGUUUGAGUGCGCAUGCCGACCACGUGCGGCAUCGUAUCGAUGAACAUCGCAGUCAUCUGGCAUUGACGAGUGAUUGGAUUUGUUAUGCCUUGAUUGACGACAUUGUCGACGGAUUCGCCCCAUUUAUCGAGCGCAUCGAGACGGGCGUUGAGAUGAUGGAAGAAGGCGUCUCCAUCGCGCGCCCGGAUGAUAUCGGAGUGGCACUGCAACGCAUCUACAAAUGCCGCAGAGAGGUGAUUCGCAUUCGACAGCUCCUUAACGACAAGACCGAUGUCAUUCGAAGUUUCGCGCGACACUGCGGGACCUUCAACUCCCCGACUGCCGAGGUGGCUCUCUACCUCAGCGAUAUCCAGGACCACGUGUUGACCAUGAUGGCCAAUCUGUCGCAAUCGGAGGAGAUGCUGUCUCGGUCGCAGUCCAAGUACCUGGCGCAGCUGUCAUGGGACUCGACGCGCAUGCGGAACGAGAUUGUCGAAACGCUUAGUCGGCUCUCGGUGAUCGGCGCGAUCAUCGUGCCGAUGCAGUUCAUCACGGGAUUGUUCGCUAUGAACGUCAAGGUGCCCGGCAAGGGCACCGAAGGGGGGACUGAGCCCGGCACGCCCGGGCUGUACUGGUGGGGAGGCAUUUUGGGGGUCAUCUUGAGUGUGAUCUUUUCCUGCCUGCUGAUCGCCAAGCGACUUCGGAUUAUCUGA